UAGGUGGUGGUAGGGAGGAGCAUGGGUGUGCAUGUAAGGAACCCCUGUGAAAAUCACCGAGUGCAGAUCUCCAACUUCACCGGAAUGCGCUUGGAUGAUCGCAGAAGCAAUAAAGGGCACCCUGCUCUGCAAUUUCCAUGGUCAAUCCCUCUUUCCAAUAGACACUAACAGGAGCUUUGGCACCUGUCGCCGAGUCAUGUGGCAGCUGCGCGCAUCCUUCAGCUGGAAUCGGGCUCUCCACAUUGAACUCCGUCGACACCAGCAGACAGCAGGCAUUUGCAUUCCCGAACCAUGGCUAGCAGUAGGAGGAGUAGACGACGACGGCGACGGACUCUUCGCGACGGGCUUCACGCACGCGACAACAACGGCACUGCCGCUCGGCACCAGGCGGCGCGACGUCCUCGCGCUGCUGCACGACCAUGCCGCGCUGAUCGGCCUGAACCCCCUGGUGGUUGAGCUGAAGCGAAUUGACGGGGAAGCAGCAGCAGCGGAGUCCCCCGCUCCCGCUUCCGCGCCCGCUGCUGAUGCGGACGGCAAGGCCGCUGGUGCCGAUGCAGGGGCAGCAGCUCCUGACGCGGGCGACGUUGACGCAGCUCCCGCAGCUCCCGCAGCGGACACGCCUCCGUCCGCCGCCGCGACGGCCACGUACAGCGUGACGGACCGACUGGCGCUGCUGCCGUUUGGGCUGUGGGAGGGGCGGGUCUCGUACGCGGCCGCGUUCACGGACACGGCGACGGGCGUGGCGACGGCGGUGCGCGCGCCCAUGGGCGUGCUGAGUCAGGCUGAGUGGUUCGUCGAGGGCGACGAUGGCGCGCAGUUGGUGCUGAGGGAGACGGCUAGGGUCCGCUGUUCGUGGCUUGUGAGGCCCUUGGUCGAGAGCACCAUGCGCAAGAGUCAUGAGGAGUUGUGUGGGCGGUUUGUGGAGGAGUUGGGGCGGAGGAGUGGGGGCAGGGAGUGAGGUGGUGGGGGUUUGGGUCUUUGCUGGGAAAGGACUGUCAUGAGUAUGAAUGGGAACGAGUCGCGAGACGAAUGUUUAUGUGUAUUGUUUGGGUUGCGGUUAAAGGGCUUUUUUGACGACAACAUCCUUUAGGUUAAAUUGACCCUGGCUGUGGUGUUGGUAAACAUGUCAAGAAGUGAAUGGUGUAAGUAAAAGAAGGUGAAGAC